UCGGGCCCGGCCCUUUCAGCGUGCUGCCGCUGACUGGCCUUUUCUCACUGCGUGUUUUGAUAACAAACCAACGUGAGGGGCGGGAGAUGCUCGUCAGCCAGGAAGGUAGCAGGCCCCUGUUCGACUUUGUUCAGCCCCUAGCCCAACCCCAGCUGAGCAGGGAGGAGCCUCCGAUUUAGGAGCGGAGGGCCGACGAGGCAGGCGUCAAGAUGGCGGCGUCCUUUGAGCUGGACUUGCAGCCCCUCAACCUGGAGUUGCUGCCCACUGACCCGCUGCUGCUCAUCCUCACCUUCCUGGAUUACAGGGACCUCAUGAGCUGCUGUUACGUAAGUCGUAGAUUAAAUCAACUUUCAAGUCAUGAUCCGCUGUGGAGGAGGCACUGUAAGAAAUACUGGCUUUUGUCUGAAGCUGAGAAAUCUCGGAGAAAUAAGAGCUGGAAAGCAAUCUUUAUAGAUAUGUAUGCAGAUUUAGGAAGAUAUAUUCAGUAUUAUGCUACACUUCAAAAAGCCUGGGAUGAUUUGGAAAAAUAUUUGUUUCAGCGUUGUCCUCGGAUGAUUAGUUCUUUGAAAGAGAGUGUUCGAGAGGAAGAUCUGGAUGCUGUGGAAGCACAAAUUGGUUGCAAACUCCCUGAUGACUAUCGAUGUUCAUUUCGGAUCCAUAAUGGACAGAAGCUAGUUGUUCCAGGGUUGAUGGGAAGCAUGGCACUUUCGAAUCACUAUCGCUCUGAAGAUUUAUUGGACAUUGACACAGCAGCUGGUGGUUUUCAGCAGCGGUUAGGACUGAAACAAUGCCUCCCCUUAACCUUUUGUAUUCAUACUGGAUUAAGUCAGUACAUGGCUCUGGAAAGCGUGGAGGGCCGCAGUAAUUAUGAGAUCUUCUACCAAUGUCCAGAUCAAAUGGCCCGCAAUCCCUCUGCGAUUGAUAUGUUUAUUACAGGUAGCUCUUAUUUGGAAUGGUUCACCUCCUAUGUCAACAAUGUAGUAACAGGUGGCUAUCCCAUCAUCAGAGACCAGAUUUUCAGAUAUGUUCAUGAGAAGGAUUGCGUAGCAACAACAGGAGAUAUUACCGUCUCAGUGUCCACAUCUUUUCUACCUGAACUCAGUUCUGUACAUCCACCUCACUAUUUCUUUACUUACAGAAUCAGAAUUGAGAUGUCCAAAGAUGCACUCCCAGAGAAGGCUUGUCAGUUAGACAGUCGGUACUGGAGAAUAACCAAUGCCAAAGGUGAUGUAGAGGAGGUGCAAGGUCCUGGAGUAGUAGGAGAAUUUCCAAUAAUCAGUCCUGGUCGAGUUUAUGAAUAUACUAGUUGUACUACAUUUGCCACUACUUCAGGAUACAUGGAAGGAUACUAUACAUUCCAUUGCCUGUAUUAUAAAGACAAGUUUUUUAAUGUCACCAUUCCUAGAUUUCAUAUGGUUUGCCCAACUUUCAAGGUAUCUACAGCACGCAUGGAAACCAAUCAUAAUGAAUGUGCUAUGGAUGAAGAUGAAGACUCAACAGAUACUGAUGAGUAUGAAGACAGACGUAGAAUUCUGGACAUUCCUGCUCCUUCUGGACGUUGUCCACGUCAAACCUGAUCAGACUUCCAAAAAAACCCCCUAUUGUCUGCAGAAAGAUAACAAACAUGUAAAAUAUUUCUGAGUAUUAAAUCAUUAUUUGGCAGUGAAGCAACUAGCAUGAGUGCUGGUUCUGGCUUGCAUCUGAUCAGAUAUACAGACAGGGUUUUCUUUUGUCAUAUGUUUGCUUCUGAAAACAGAAUAUGCUGGGUCAAGAUGGAAAUGCAGUAGUGCGGUGAAUUUUCUUCAAACAGCUUUACUGUUGGGAGGUAGUCAUUGUACAUUUAAACUUAUUUAAAACCAGAAUGGUGCUGUCUUUGUCUUUCUUUGUUUUAAAUAAAGCAGCAAGCAGAAUGGAAAAAAAUAGGCAUGUCAUUUUCACAAUGAUUUUGCAUUACUGCUCAUCUCUUGUCCUGUGUGAAAUAUCUGCAGUUAAAUUUGUAUAGCCACUGGGAUAAACUGAAUGAUCUUGUAUGUUUUUAAUAUUAACAUAUACAGUAUAUCUAUACCAGGACACUCUGAAAUGUCUGAAAGGGCACUGGUCUACAUGUUUUAAACUCUACAUUGAGCCUCUGAUCAUAUUUAGGCCUUUUGGAAUGUGGGAUAUGCACAUUGCCUACUGCAUUUCCUCAUUUAUUAAAUAAUGUAAAUA